AUGGCCAGAGACGUCAGUCCUCUGAGUCUCAUGCCUGUGUCUGUGAGGCACCAACAAUGGGUUGGAGCCUCUCUGGGGUCUGUCCUCCCUUUCCUACCCCUACGUUCUCUAAUUUUCUACUACUUCCUGUCUUGUGCAGCAGCAGCAGGCAGUUUGUCUGGCAUAGAAUAUACCUAUGGCAUUAGCCCUAAAUUUGUUUGCACCCCAAUUCCCCCAGAGGCAGACCCAAGCUGCUUUUCCCCACCCAGUGUGCCCCAUGGACCCAGCAGUAACAGCAACAGUAACGGUCACAACGGCAGCAGCAGGCGAGGCAUGAUGUCGGACGAGGCCAAAGCCACCAUCUUGCAUCUGCGAGAAAGCCUUGUGAGGCAGAAGGAGACCAUCCUGGAUCAGCGGGAGACCAUCAGGGAGCUGACCGCCAAGCUCACCUUGUGCGAGGGCUUCGGCGGUCACCACAGCAUUGGUCAUCACGACAGCCACCACGACAAUCACCAUGACAACCACCAUGAUACCCGUCAUGACAAUCAUCACGACAACCAUCAUGACAACCACCACGACGACCACCACGGGCAUCACGGCAGCCACCAUGCAUCAUCCUCUUCACACCGCGGGCCUUCAACGUAUCACAGCAACGACCACUACCCCCACAGCAGCCACAGAUCAGACUCCCACCACAGGAAGGGCUCGUCAUACACUAAACACAGCUCCUUCUCUCCUGAACAGACGGGCAAAACCCUGCAGACCCUGAAGGAGAGGCUGGAGAACUUGCAGGCUAGGAACUCCUCCAGCUCCUACUCCAGCUCCCUGAGAGAACUCCUCCAGCGGAAGAUCAACGCCCUGGAGGAGCAACUGCACAGCUACUACCGAGAUCACCAUGACUAUGGUAACCGUAACGACCACCAUGGUGACCACCACGAUGACCACCACGACGACCACCACGGCAGCAGCCACUACAAUGAACAUCACGAUGACCAUCAUGAUGAUCACCAUGAAAACAGCAAUCACGACAGCCACCAUGACGACCACCAUGAUACCGGUCACAGUGAAAACCAACAUGAAAGCCAUUACAACAACCAUCACAGUAGCUCUCGCUACAACCACCACAGCGGUCACCACAAUCGCCAUCCCGAUCGCCACUAUGACCACCAUUAUGACUGGCACCACGGCCGGCAUUACGGUCACCAUGGCAACCAUCACAGCGACCACCACGACGACCACCACGACGACCAUCACGACGACCACCGCGAUGACCACCACGGCCACCACGACGAUGAUCACCACGACUACCACCACGAACCCGGCCACCACGACGACCACCACGAUGAUCACCCUGACAAGCACCACAGCAACGACCACCAUGACAGCCACCCCGGCAACGAUCGUCACCCACGGCGACUGCCUUUCAGCGGCAAAGAGACCAGUCAACGGGGCGCCGGGCACAGCAAGCUGGAAACAGUGCUUAGCCAACUGCACCACGGCAACAACAACCAUGGAGACCACAAGAAGCUAAAGGGUCCUAGCGCUUUCCUGCUGGACUUCCCCAUGAGGACCAACUACAUGUACGCCAGGAUGAAGCGGACGGUGGUCAACGAGAUCUUUGCCCUGACCGUCUGCCUGUGGCUGAAGGCAGGGGCAGGUCCUGGCCUCGGCACUCCCUUCUCCUACGCUGUACCGGGGCAAGCCAAUGAGCUGGUGAUCAUCGAGUGGGGCAGCAACCCCAUGGAGCUGCUAAUCAAUGACAAGGCGGCGACGCUGCCCAUAACCAUGACGGAUGGGAAGUGGCAUCACGUGUGUGUGACGUGGUCGACGCGUGACGGUGUCUGGGAGGCCUACCAGGAUGGGGUGAAGAAAGGCUCGGGGCAAAACCUGUCAGCCUGGCACUCCAUCAGACCAGGGGGGAGCUUCGUCCUGGGGCAGGAGCAGGACACGAUGGGAGGCCGCUUCGAUGUCACUCAGUCCUUCAUGGGAGAGCUGUCAGAUCUUCAGUUCUGGUCCAGAGUCCUGACGCCACACGAGAUCUACAGCCAGGCGACCUGCGGAGGCCACCUCAUUGGCGACGUCAUGUCCUGGUCAGAGGAAUCAGUGGAGCUUCACGGUGGGCUCACCGAGUUCCCCUUUGAACCCUGCCACUAAGGACUAACACUGGACCCUCACACCCAGAGCUGUAGGAUCAUCAUUCCCAAGUAACCGAGUACAUGUCUGUGUCAAAAAUGGCUGAGGAGCGGAGAAAUGUGAUUUCGUCUUGGAUCAAAGAUAAGGGAAUAAUUUAUUUCAUAGCUUGCUCUGGUUUUUCUUCAUAUUGGUCUGCAGAACCUUAAUAACACAAGGUCAGCCAUGGGCAACAGGCAGAGCGAGGAGUUGUUUUUCUUUUUCUACUUUUUUUUGCCAUUCCUGUCCAAUCUUUCUGCCUUCUCCACCCACACCCUCACUUCCUCGCUCUUACUCUCUCAGCAGGAUGACUCUGAAGGCUGAAAAGAGCACAGCGCUUUGGAUUUACCAGAUGUUUGGUCAUGACGGCGGCUGCUCUGACGGAUCCGAAACACAUAAACAGGACUCCCUUCCAUCAGAACAGGUCCAAAGGUUGCUGGUUGCCAUCAGCUCGCCCGCUCUAGCUUGUUUUCUUCGGGAUGUGAGCAACAUAAACGUGACAGGAGGUGAAAGAGUGGCUGAAAGGCAUGACUACAAAUAGAGCCAGAUUGGAACCGGAGUUGUGAUGAUUCAUACAUGUUGCUGAAGUACUGCCAGUCAAAUAUCUGCACAUUAUUUUGUGGAGGCAAAGGAAAAAUAUCGUUGCAGGGCUUUUUUACAAUGCAGGUCAAAUUUGGCGCGGAGUCAGCACAACCUAAUGAUGUUGAUUUCGCACAUUGAGACAGUUUUAUAUUAGUAUUUCAUAUUGAAAACUCUCUAACUUGCUUUUUUGUAGAAAGAAAACUAAAUUUGCAUUUGUUGCAUUCAGAAGAAAAAUAUGGUCCAUGUGUUCUGUGUUCUCCAUAACUGUAAAAUUGCAUUUUGUCAAUGCAGGACUGAGUACGAUGUUUUAAAUUUUGAAUUUUCUGCGUCUCUGUCUGUAAGCCGAUCCGUUUCUCUGUUCAGAAGUCAAACAUAAGAGCACCGUGGCUCCAUGUCGGACGUGACGUGACACAUUGCGACCACGAGCCACCUGACUGCAUCGAUACAGGGUAACUGUCCCUCAACGUGUCGCCGCGGUAAUACUGAUGUCUCCUCUGCAACCGGUGGCUUACAGCAGGAUUUACCUGUGGACAACUGAUCUGAUCCUGCCUAUUUCCGACCAGCUCAAACCACAAGGCAGAGGCAAACACACAAACACACACACAGACACACACUUGCACAUGCUCAGAGCAGAUAAAGAGGUGAGAAGAGAGAUUGUUGAUGUCGAGUUAUCUGUUUGUAGCUGCACUUUCACAUUUUUAUAACAAAAGAGGUUUUUGUACAUGUAAAUGAUAUCAGAUAGACUGUUGUCAGUCAUUUAAAUGAUUUACUCUGGUAUUUCUCGUAUUGUAAACAAGAACAUAGCACUUUCUGAACCCUCACUUAACCCUGCGUUGAGUUAAACUCAGACUCCAUCCCAAAUGGCACUCUCACUUUUCUUAGAGGUAUAUGUUGUUGCCAUGGUGAUAGAAAAUAUCUCCCAGCAUCAGGACCACAUCAUCCUGACUGUGUCGCACUACAGCUGUAAAUAUCUGCAAAAUGUUUCUUCGACGGUAAUGCCAAGACAAGCAGCACUUUGAAACCAUGUCUUCUUCUCAUGAUAGUGGGCCAAAUGUAUGUGACAUUUACUUCUCGGUUUCAUAUGUUUCUUCUGUCUUUCUUACUUAGACUUGGGUUCAUACACCUCCUUCUACUACCUAACUGUAUAGUUUGUGAGCUCAAUGUUGACAUAAGACGCGUAAAAAUAAGAUAUACAGUUUUAUUCAUAAAGACUUGCUUAUCCUCGCCUUUGGUGUACAUUUUAAUAUUUAAUAGGUUUUCUGUUCUGUUUCUUUUUGUGUCUUUGGCUGUAAAUAUACAAUGUAUUACAGUGUGUUCAGUCAACUCUCCCUCCCUCAUGUUUAAGCCAAAACUAUAAACUGAAUUAUAAAACUUGAAAGAGGAAAAAAAUGCACUAUAAACGCUGUCAA